UAUAUAAUAGCUUUGAAGACUUGAAGUUAGUGUAGUAGCCCAAUAAGUAGAGCACAAAAUACUGCUUGCUUUCUCUAUUAGUCUUUUCUAGCAGAGUUGCACACAAGCUAAGUACUAUGGAGAAACAGUCUGUGUUGGGCACUUUUGCUAGUCUCAUUUUUUUACAUUCAUUUCUUGUAUUGCUUUUCUCUCAAAUUGCUGCCUCAAAGACUGUUGUGACCACUCUUCCUGGGUUUGAUGGUGAGCUUCCCUUCUAUCUUGAAACUGGGUACAUUGGUGUGGGUGAAUCAAAUGAGUCGCAGCUAUUUUACUAUUUUGUAGAGUCUCAGAGGAGCCCUGCAGUUGACCCUCUUAUGCUUUGGCUGACUGGUGGCCCUGGUUGCUCUGUUCUCUCUGCCUUCUUCUAUGAAAGUGGGCCUGUAACUUUUGAUUAUUCUAAUUACAAUGGAAGCUUGCCAUCACUGCACUUGAACCCUUUUGCUUGGACACAGGGUAUCAACAUUUUAUACGUAGAUGCACCAAUUGGCACUGGUUUCUCCUACUCAACAACUCAAGAAAAUUACUAUGUCGAUGAUAUUAAGUCCGCAGCUCAGACGUAUGAGUUUUUGCGAAAGUGGUUGCUUGACCACCCACAAUUUCUCCAAAAUCAACUAUUCAUUGGGGGUGAUUCCUAUUCAGGCAUUCCCCUUCCAAUUAUAGUUUCACAUGUACUUGAUGGUAAUGAACUUGGAUUGACACCAAUGAUGAAUUUAAAGGGAUAUAUACUUGGAAACCCCAAAACAGAUGAUUUUAUUGAUGAAAACUCACUAUUCCCAUUUGCUCAUAGAUUGACACUUAUAUCUGAUGAACUUUAUGAGGAUGCCAAAGAAGCCUGCGGCGGAGAUUAUGUAAAUAUCAAUGCAAGCAACACAGAGUGUGUUACAUACAUAAACACUUACGAGGAGAUGGUUCUUCAGAUAAAUACGAUGCAAAUUCUUGAGCCUUAUUGCCAAGUUUCAAAACCAAGAGGCGAAAGAUUAAUAGAAGCUAAAGGAAGAAGAUCACUCGAUGAGGACCUCGAAAAUAUUUCCAUUUCAAAACUUAAUAGUGCACUUUGGUGUCGGGACUAUGAGUACGUGCUGUCAAAUAUUUGGGCUAAUGACAGAAGUGUUCGGGAUGCUCUUCAAGUUCGGGAGAACACAACUGGUGUAUGGAAGAGGUGCAAUUCUAGCUUAGCUUAUACAAAGACCGUCUCAAGCACAGUCCCCUACCAUAAGAACCUCACCAUGCAAAGCCUUCGAGCUCUUGUCUACAGUGGUGACCAUGAUUUCUCUGUACCGCACAUUGGCACACAAAACUGGAUCCAUUUGCUCAAUUUGACCACUAAUGAAUAUUGGCGGCCAUGGUUUGUGGAUGGUCAAGUUGCUGGUUAUACAGAGAAGUUCAUAAGUGGUGACUAUACUCUAAUCUUCGCUACUGUCAAGGGUGCGGGCCAUGUUGCUCCAGAAUACAAGCCAACCCAAUGUUAUGCUAUGAUUGAUCGCUUCUUUGGUUAUUUCCCUCUCUAAACAAAAGACUUUUUCUUUUUCUUUUCUUUUUUCUUUACUUUUCUUUUGUCCGACAGAAUGAAUUACUAUUAGUUAGAUUGAAUUUUGGUGUCCAUUUUAUAAUAAAUUUGAAGUAUUAUAUAAAGACUCAGAUUCUAAUUUUA